AUGUCCAAUUCAAAAGAGGACGAGUUAUUGAUCACUGACGAUUUGCACACACUUCGACAAGGGGAGAUUUACACAGACCCGGAGACUGGCAAGAAAUACAAAGUGCACAAGACGAUUCUACCCGGUCGAGCAUCACAAGGCCCACAUGGAAUUGGGGAUCCGAAUGAUCGAAGUUUGAGAAAAAUUGAAGCCGAUGUGAUCAUACCGCGGAGGAUGAAUGAACAAGUUGAACGAGUGGAAUGCCACCCAUUAUAUCUACAACUGGUAAAUUGUUUGAGACAAAAGGGAUCCGCCGUUGGUUUGAGAGGUUGUCAGGAUGCACUUGAAGAGUUCAAUGUGUGCAAAUUGGAGAAAUUUCAAGAUCCUGCUUAUCGAGCACAAGUCACAAAUGACUAUUUGUCGGAGCGAUCCGAAGUAAGGCGUACAGGAAUGACCGAAAAACAGCGGAAACUGGAAGAAUACCGAGCUUGGAAAAGGAAACAAGAUGGGGAAACAUCU